AUGGCCGCAAAACCUCGCCCGUACCGGCGCAUUCUCACAUCAGCGCUACACCGGAGAUUUGUCCAUGCUUCCGCAUUAUCAUUGCUGGUCUGUUAUGCGACCUCGGUUCUGAUCGGCGACAACUCUUCAUUAUUCUGGACCCUGUUCCCCUUCGGACCAUGUGGCAUUCGCACCGUGCUUCUCUUCAUAUCACCUCUCGCUAUCUUCGUCCUGCGGGUUGGUCAAAUGCACAUUGGCUCGAGAACGACGAGCUCUUCCAUCAACACUUUCCAAUACCUCUUUCCACUUCACGUCAUCCAGACUUUCGGGUGGUACAUAUUCUCCGCGUGGUGGUUCAGUGAACUAUACAAGUGGUCCUCGCCUAUCAGCGCACAUUUGGAAUGGGUGAAGCGUGGCAGCCCUCAUGAGCGAGCGACUUUGAACGAACGACCUAUCUACAUAUAUACGUAUCAUCUACUUCUGGCCAUCGUACAGUCCUUGGCUCACCUCUAUAACGAUUACGAUCGUGUUCCCAUUGCAAUUACCGAAAAGCCCGCCGAUGGCGCUGACCAGAAAACGCACCCGAUCCAACCUAUUUCAAAGCGUCUGCAGGAAGGGCUACAGCAAGUUGUGAAAGAAGGCUUUGUGAGGAGCACGGUCGUUGCAGCUAUAUGUCCAAUGGUCUACGUCUUCUUCCUCAGACGUCGAGCAUGGAGUUACACGAUGUCCCUUGCCAAAUUGUUCUGGGACUUCCCUAGGUCUGCCGCUGACCCUCCCAGCCUCAUCCUUCCAGUCAAGCCACUUCUGAUUGCACGAACCAUGUUUUCGGGCGCGCUACUGGUGCUAUGCUGGCAGACCACCAAUCUUUUCUUCUCUAUUUUCCUCAGUCAGCAACCUCUGAAGCGGGGCCAGCCAUUGACCUCAGAGACUAAAGAUCCCAACGGUAGCCUGCUGAAUGGGCUGAAAGCGAAGAAGGAGACCGUUCGCGCGUUUGCCUUUUGGGAACUGUGCUUUAUCAGCCAACAAUUCCCGGACCGACGAAAGGCAAUCUUCAACGACAUUGACCGCGAAGGUGGAUCUGCUUGGACGCAGAUUCUGCAAGCAGCCACGGAUGUGAUUCAAGGCAUUUCAACUCGUAUCAAUGAGAAGAAAUCUAGUCUAACCUCCAAGCCGUCAGCGGCUGAGACGAAAGAGACGAAAACCGAGCCUACUCUUCGCACUCUACCCCGACUUACCGAUCCAGUACAGGAGGGCAACAUCUUCGCCGCCUCUCCCAAGUCCAUCACAACCCAGGGAAAACUUGGCGAUGGCUUCAGUAGCACCUUCAGGUCAAUAGGCCAGUCUCCAGACUGGACACCUAAGGCUCGAGCUCGAGCCCGCGACGCCUUUGACCGCGCCUCCUCCGCCGUGCUCAGCCCAGAACGCAAACAAAGAUUACUCUCCUCAGCCCAGGACCUCAAAUUCCUCACGGGCGCCUCAACUACCAGACCCGAAAAGAUCCACCCUAUCCUUGCCUCGCUUCUCUGCUCCCCUAUCGGUCUACUCAUUCGCCAAACCUUCGCCCGCCGUCUAUCCGGUACUGUCUUCGGCACACCCACCGCCUCCCUAUCAUCCAUCAUCGACGCCAUUGAAUGCCUCACCCGCCUUCUUAUCGCCUCUCUCAAUGAAGACUCCUACGGCAAAGUCCAAGCCGACGUCCCCGCCAUCAUCCGCCUCUUUACCGAAACUGUAACCACACUCGACGCCUACGCCCAUGUCGAGCUGGAUAUCCACUGGACAGACUCUGCAUUUCCGUCCUCGAGUGAUCCUUCUGCACAGGCGGCUGCGCGGAGAGUUCCAGAGGUCGAGCUUGUUAUCGAGUCGCUUCGAGCUUCUCUGAAGAGUCUAUUGGCUGCAUUCAGUCCUUACUAUAAGGAUGUAGGGCUUGUAGGGAAGGAUUUGAGGUUGGCGAAGGAGGCUGCGGGUGCUGUUGACGAGUGA